AUCGCUCCGGCGGCCUCACAGUUCUCUAUAUCGCCUCCGAACCUCGCCUCCGUCCACCGCCAUCCGUCCUCCGUCAUCGGCGCUCUCUUCUCUCUCACGAUGGCCAGAUGGGAUGAGAUUCUGUCCCUUCCUGUACAAAACCCUCCAACUUUGGAGUUCUCCGCAUGUGAUCUUGUGUGGUCUAAGGUAGAAGGUCAUCGUGACAAUAUGGACAGACUUGCUUUGGUUCCUUUUGCUAGAGUUGAUGACUUUGUCCGUGGUGAAUCUAGCAACAAAGAUUGUCCAACAAGAUUUCAUGUAGAAGCUAGGAGGCGCCGCCCUCCCAAGAUGCCUUACAAGCCUAAAGUUGAUGGCAUUCUUGAGUAUAUUUUGUAUUGGUGCUCAUUUGGUCCAGAUGAUCAUAGAAAAGGAGGCGUGGUUAGACCCAGUAGGAGUACUUAUGUACCUAAGAAGAAAUCUGCUGGUAGGCCUAAUACAAAGAGAGGUUGCACUUGCCACUUCAUAGUUAAGCGUUUAAUAGCAGAGCCAUCCGUAGCCCUUGUCAUAUAUAACCAGGAUAAGCACGUGGACAAGAAGGGAUUGCCAUGCCACGGCCCACAAGAUAAGAAGGCUGUAGGAACCCGUGCUAUGUAUGCCCCGUUUAUCUCAGAGGAUCUACGCCUCCGUGUGUUGUCUUUACUACAUGUUGGAAUUCCAGUUGAAACCAUUAUGCAAAGACACAACGAAUCAGUAGAGAAGCAAGGAGGUCCCUGUAAUAGAGAUGACCUUUUAACCCAUAGAUAUGUGAGGAUUCAAGAGAGGAAUAUUAGGCGCUCAACUUGUGAACUUGAUGAAGAUGAUGAUGUCAGCAUCAGCUUGUGGGUUGAAAGCCAUCAGAGUCAUGUAUUCUUUUAUGAGGACUUCUCUGAUACUGAUCCUUGUUUGCUGGGUAUUCAAACGGACUGGCAAUUGCAGCAAAUGAUUCGUUUUGGCAAUGGACGACUCCUUGCUUUAGAUUCAAGAUUUGGCACAAAUAAACUAAAGUACCCAAUCCAAAGUCUUGUUGUUUUCAACUCAGACAACAAAGCCAUACCAGUAGCAUGGAUAAUAGCACCAAGUUUUUCCAGAUCUGGGGAUACACAUAGAUGGAUGAGGGCUCUCUUUAAUAGAGUUCACACCAAAGACCCUACAUGGAAAUUGGCUGGGUUUAUAGUCGACGAUCCUUUGGCCGAUGUCCUCACUAUCAGGGAAGUGUUUCAUUGUUCUGUGUUGAUUUGCUUUUGGCGGGUUCGUCAUUCAUGGCAUAAAAACUUAAUGAAGAGAUGUUCUUGUAUGGAGACACGAGCAAAAGUAUCAAACGCGCUUGGUCAAAUAGUGAAAGACAUCUGUAGAGGACGCGGAACUGUCGAAUCCUUGGAUAAUUUCAUGGAAAAUUUUAAAGAAUGCAGAGAUUUUGUGGAUUACUUUAAGGCAAUUUGGUAUCCAAGAAUAGGGCCUUGGAUCACAGCAUUGAAAACCCUACCACUUGCUAGCCAGGAGAGUUCUGCAGCUCUCGAGUUCUAUCACAACCAAUUAAAGAUCAGGUUGCUAAACGAGAACGACUUUAAUAUUUAUCGACGUGCUGAUUGGUUAGUCGAUAAAUUGGGUACUAAAAUACAAGCCUACUUCUGGCUCGAUGAGUAUGAUGGCAAAGACGACUUUUCACGCUACUGGAAGGAUGAAUGGGCAAGCGGUCUAACCGCUUGGCGCAAAUCAAGAAUGAUCCCCAACACCGAUGUUGUGACAGAAGGUGAACGGGUCAAAGUUAUUGACCAAAAAGAUCGAGAAAAAGUUCAUGUUAUAUGGAACCCAGGUUCAGAAUAUGCAAUUUGCAGCUGCAGCUGGGCAGAAAAGGGCAAUUUGUGUGAGCAUGUUUGCAAGGUGAUUCAAUAUUUUCGUCAUCAAGGUUCAGCCUUGCCUUCUCUCAGCCUAGUACAGUAUAAUCAAGGCUUGAUCGAUAUGCUAAAAUGCCCGCCUCCUAAUUCCUUUAUCCGCGACCAUGCUGUUUCCUUAGCGGUCUGGGUUAAUGAACAACUUAGUGCACAAUUACGAAACAGCCGCCAAAAUGGUGGCUCCAGUGGCAGGGACGAGAUGGUAAAUUCCGGCACGCAGAUGGAAGUUGAUUUGGAAUUGUGUUAAAGAAUGUUCUGCUCUUGCUGAUUCUUUUUCCGGUGAGGUUCCGGCAGCAAAUCCAACAUACCAAAGCACCACCUUCCCAUCAUAAGCAUUACUGCUUAUGAAAUGCUGUACCGGACGAGAGAGGUUGUGGCGGUUGGUGUCGGCGGCUCGUGGUUGUUUUCGGAGAAAUUUGGUUUCCCGGUGAUUGUACCAACAGUAAACUGCCUGAUACAAUGUUAUCUCACCUGGAACUUUCCAACAGAUUCUCUAAAAUGGAAAUUUCUGGGGAAUUGCUAACAAUUCCUCGAAACAAUUUUUAAAACAGACAAAGUAGGGUAGAGAAUUCUCCAAGGUAAUAAAUGAUUACCUGUAUAAGUUAUUUCUUAUUCUUCCUACCUACGGGAAUCAUUUAAAAUCAAAUGUAUAGGAGGGAGAUGUAAUAUUUUAUGAAAGAUAUUAAAUAUUUUAAUAGUAUAAUUCGUUCUGCAAUUUUAAAAAUGGAGAAGUUAUUGGAGAUAAAUAUAGAUUUUCUUUGAAGAUUUUUAACCUUCGAUUAUGUUUUGAAGAUUCUAUGAGAAAUAUAGUUCCAUGACAUUUACUCUUUUGUGUAGGUUGUAUUUUGACGAACGUUUUGGGUCGGCCGGGAACAAGAUCAACUCGAAUUUGAUUUCUAGCAAAUUGGACCAGAAAUUUUUAUCAAAACCGUGGUAGUAUUAGGAAGUAUCUUAAGUUCAAAAGAUUUCAAUCUAAGAUCAGACGUAGCAUUUAGAGUAUUUAUAUUUUGCAAUUAAACGGGUCUUUGAGAAAUUUUCAACUUUAUGUAGAAUAAACGAACAAGAUUGUACCCCAAAUAAAAUCAAAACAAAAUUAGUUGGUUUUAAACACCUUCAUUGUUUAGGGUCCCGAUUGAUGUGACACGUGUAUUUUUUAUUUUUAAAUUGACAAAUAAUAUGUAUUAAAAAAAGAGUGAAUUAAGAUUUUUGUCCAUGUGUUUGUUAGUAAUUUUGAUUUUAGACCCUGUAGUUUAGAAAUCAUGAUUCCACCCUAUACUCUACAACCUGUUAUUUUUGUCUCUCUUCUAAGCAUAAGAGAUUAAAAGAUUAUAAACCCUAAAACACCGAAACAACCAUAGAGUA